UGUAGUAUCAAAGAAUGUCCGUAGACGGGCUCUGGUAGUAUGAAGUGACGUUGUGUUACAUUCAGUUUGGACUGGAAGCACAUGACGGACUGUUUACAUUUCGUUUUGAGUCAAAGGCAUGAAAAAGAGGAGGAUUUGGGAGUUCCUGGCUGACCACGAAUAAGGCUCCGUACCAGAGAAACAACGGGCUUGUUUAAAACUCCUCAGCCGCAGAACAAUGACCUCACAUCCAGGACGCUUGGGUCAUACGUGGGAGUACUGGCAUUGGGAUGCGGAGGCCAAGUCCACGGCUGUCCAGCUGUCACCGUGCCAACAGGCUGUUUACUUUCACACUAACAUGCUCUUGGAGAGUGAAGGAUCCGCAGGGGUCCGUGGUACCAAAGGUUUCUGUUAUGGAGAACAUUACUGGGAGAUAGAGUUCAUCGAGCCUCCAUAUGGGACUUCUGUGAUGGUGGGGUUGGGGACAAAGCAGGCUCUUCUGCACUCUGGCAAAACGCCAUUUCUUAACCUAUUAGGUAUGGAUGGGGAGAGCUGGGGUCUGUCUUACAAGGGCUCUCUCUGGCACAAUGGCAAGAGUAAAAAAUACACAGAAGCUUUUUAUGAUAAAAGCACUGUUAUUGGUGUGUUGCUGGACCUUGAAUCUGGAGCACUGAGAUUCUACCGCAAUGGAAUAAGCCUUGGGCUUGCCUUUACUGGUCUAGAUAAGGUGGCCAGGCCUCUAUACCCUUUAGUGAGCUCCACAGCUCCUGAGACAGAGUUACGGUUGGGGCUGCGCACCCAUCGUCUAACUUCACUCCAGGAUUCCUGCCUCCAUGUCAUAUCUAAAAGCAUUAGGCCUCAGGCCCACCUCGACUCACUGCCUUUACCUCUGUCUAUGUGUGAACAGCUUCAUAUUACCACAAACACAGGACAACAUCAGAAGCUGUUUGGUCAAGUGUAAGAGAACCUCUCAAAUACAUCAUGACUCUACACCCACACAACUCACACAACACUAUUGCUACAGUCAAUCAGAAACUGGUGCCAUUAUUUCUGAAGGGUAAUUUGGCCAUUGAGUUCAAAUAUCAACAAUUUUUCUCCAGUAUUGGUGACUCUAUCUUUAAGGGUUAUAAACAUGUAUAUUGUCGUCAGUAGUAGCAUUAUUUUUAAUACUGUUAUGGCCAGCUCAGGAACUGCAACAUAAAGUGAAGAUGGACAACAGAGUUUAUCAACAAUAGAGAAUUUCAUUUCAAUAAAUAAUCAUUCAGGUUACAAUCUAGGGGUUGAAUAUAAGUAACACACAAGAGCAUGGUGUCCUCAAGUGUGGGGAGAAAUGCAAGCCUUCUCUGAAGAAAAACCCAUAACCUUUUUAUCCACACCUUCUCGGGUAUAGAGAAUUAAGCUGAUUCUGCCUAAAGGCUGAUGCUGUGCCAUUGCAAGUGGGGGUGCAAAGUAUGGAGCUAAAUUUGUCUCAAUAAUAUUUGUAUAUGCGCAGAGGGGGAUCCACAAAUAUUUCUUGA